UUUCUCAACAUUGUACAUACUGCCGCAUUAAUGACAACUCGGAACUUUCCGACUUGAAAUCUCGUUGUAUAAAGUUAAUGCCCGAGUUUCCCCACUUGGAACUUAUCAGAAUCAACCAAAAGGAAGCGCUACAAAAAAACAUACGCAAAUAUUAACUCGGGGGUUCCGAGUUUCCGACUUGUCUGGAACGCGGCAUAGUAGCUUCUCCACGUCUCACUGCUGGCCUUGCUGCCACACACUGCCGCCGGUGACUCCGAAGUGGAAGAUGGCUGCGGUGGAGCGUCCCCCAGUCAAGGAAGGGGUCCGGAUAGCUUUACUCUGUUUCUGUUGGUAUACUGUUAGUUCGGGAGGCAACGUAGUUAACAAAAUUAUUCUAAAUGGGUUCCCUUAUCCUGUCACAGUUUCGCUUUUUCAUAUAUUCUCAAUCGUCGUCUUCCUUCCACCGUUGCUGCGAGCAUGGGGAGUCCCCAAAACAGAAGUACCAACUAGAUACUUUAAAUGGUAUAUUAUCCCUUUAGCUUUUGGAAAAUACUUCGCAUCUGUGUCGGCCCACUUCAGUAUAUGGAAGGUACCUGUUUCCUACGCACACACUGUCAAAGCCACAAUGCCAAUAUGGGUUGUGUUGUUAUCAAGGAUUAUCAUGAAGGAGAAGCAAACGACAAAAGUGUACGUAUCUCUCAUCCCCAUCAUCGGAGGAGUGCUUCUGGCCACGAUGACAGAAAUGUCCUUUGAUGUAUCUGGGUUAGUCAGUGCCCUGGCCGCCACACUCUGCUUCUCUCUGCAAAACAUCUUCUCCAAAAAGGUGCUGCGGGACACGAGGAUCCACCACCUGAGACUUCUCAACAUACUGGGCUUCAAUGCUGUUUUCUUCAUGGUGCCUACGUGGGUUCUGGUGGACCUCUCCUCAUUCUUGGUUGAGGGGGAUUUUACGGGAAUGUCUGAAUGGACCGGCACCUUUCUCCUCCUCCUGGUCAGCGGCUUCUGUAACUUUGCCCAGAAUGUCAUCGCCUUCAGUGUCCUCAACCUGAUCAGCCCGCUGAGCUACGCCGUGGCCAACGCCACCAAGAGGAUCAUGGUCAUCAGCAUAUCGCUCCUAAUGCUACGCAACCCCGUCAGCUCCACCAACAUCAUGGGCAUGAUGACGGCAAUAGUGGGCGUCUUCCUGUACAACAAGGCAAAAUAUGACGCCAACAAGGAAGCUAAGAAAAAGCUGCUGCCUUCCUCCAAGCAGGACAUGAUGUCCUUUGACAAUUUGGGACUGGACAAGACGCAGCCCAAUGGUUCAGUGCCUUUCUCCCAAGGUUCAGACAUUCAGUAUGGACGAAGCAACGUGUUGACCGACCACUUCCAGUACAGCCGGCAGGCCUACACAAUGAACUACGGCGCCUCCAACCACCAGUAUGUGGUUUAGGCUGGUGGAUUUCUCCAUGGACAUAUUGUAUUUGUUUCCAGCAGAAUUCUUAAACCACCUCUAACAAAAAGAAAGGCAAGUGCUGUUGGCGGAGAGGGAAGUAUCAGUCAUGAGUUGGCCAGUGUUUUGUCCCAAACAUGUUCUCUAACAUUCUCUUCACCUCCUUGUGUUGUAUUUAUUUUGAUAUGAACACUUAAAAAGGGAUAGUUAAGUCAAAAUCAAAGUUGUCUGAUGUUGUCCACUUCCAACCCUGUAAUAUGUCAACUGUUGCAGAUAGUGUCAAUCUUUCCAGUUAAUUUUGGAUUAAGGCAUACCACUGGAUCUACAUAACAAAUGGCUUGGAACAUGGACUCGUUUGACAGAUUUAGAUUUUGGAGUGAAGUGUUUGUUUUUUGUUUGCUUGCUAAGGAAAGGAUGUUCUUAUUAUUUUUUCUGUGGGAGUUCGCUAACGUGGGAAUAAUUGUUACUGUAGCUACAAUAGCGUAGUUCAAAAAUAAAUAAUUCAUAACUUUAACUGUAUAUCAAAGACCAUGAAAUGUUUACCAUGCCCAUAAUGCCUUGUGAAUCAGGCUUGUCCUCAAGGUUACAUUGACCCCAAUUUUAUCACAGAAGGCCUGAACAUUUUACAUUAAUGUUUUGCAGAGAUUGGCAACAUUUGUCCUAUACAUGUAAAACCGUUUGCCCUUAUGACAUUUUCUGGUUUGUCUUUAACUAGUGAUGGAGGCAUGAAAAUGUAUAUAAUCGGUUGUAGGUACAGAAAGGUCCCUGGUUUGAAUACCCAAUCCGAAAAGGUGAAAAAUAUGUCUGUGCCCUUGAGCAAGGCCCUUAACCUCCAGAGGUACUAUUAUGGCUGACAAUGUGAAACGACACAUUUCACUGCUCUAUCCAGUGUAUGGAUCAAAAACAUAUUUUUUUGAAUUCAUGUUGUAUUUCCAUAUCGGUCAUUUAAUCAAGUCGUAUCUGAUCUUGUAAUAGCUGUGUAAUAUGUCGGUAGAAGGGUCAGGAUUGGCAGAAUUACUGGAUCAGGCUUAAGUGUCAGUAGACUCCACUUGUUUUGCCUGUUUGUCAUUUUGUUCCUAAUAUUCACACUUACAAUCAUGUUCUGAUUGAGUAGUAUUUCCCCCUGCAUGCGAGUCAUUUAGCCUACAGGGAACAAUAGCUGUUUUUCAAAGCUGGUGUGACGCACCUGAACUGGUUAUUUACUUUGCAAAUCAAUGAAAGAUGUGACGGAGACUAACUUGUGUGAAGCUCUAGCAAAAUGUUAUCCUUGUUGACUAUAAAAGGAAUAUUCUUCUAGUUCAACUUUUUUAUUUAAGUUUGCGUGUUUCAAUUUGCUACAGCACAUUCAAGCAUUUUAAGUGGAGAAUUUCUUUGCUGUUUACUAACAGCAGGAAAGUUGGAUCUAACCUGAUUUUAUUUCAUGUUCAGCGACUGGCUGGCAACAAACUACAUGCUGAGAUUUUGAAAAAGCAUUUUCGCUGUUUACCAUAAAUACAAAUAAUGGUAUGUGCUGUAUACUUAUGGAUGUGUAUUUACACAUUUAAUGAACUUGUGUGAGCUUGUGUGGAAUUCUCAGGUAGUUCCAAGCUUAUCAUAGUUCAUUUAGUGAAACUUCCAUAUCAUUUAGUUCGGCAGGUUUUGGUCUGUUUCCGUAAUGAAAUUCAUACUAGCGUGGUGAUUAGGCUAUGGGGAUUUGAAUACAUUUAAAUGUCACUUAUGCCUGUUCUCUGCAUGUCCUCAUGAAUGACUUUUGACUUGACUUUGUCCUAUCAUUGUCUAUUGAAUCAUCUUUACAGUGAAAACAAUUUGUAGAAAUCUGGCUUUGGAUAACAAAUAUUUUAUUUGUGGAAGGAAGAUCAAAUGUUGGAGCCACGAUUUGGAUUCUACUAAAUCAUUUUUCUGUCACCUUUAACAUAAGAUGUUAUGAAGAGCUGUGGUAAGUCAGCUUGGAUCCCAUCUUAUUUUGUAUUGUAUGUCAUUCUGUUCAAAUGUCUCAAGGUCUCUUCUUAAAUCUAUGGUGGAGUUUGUCACGUCCUUAUGCGAGGUGCCAAAUGAAAGGAGCUACCUGGCUCAAGUGCAUCACAAGGAUCUUUUUUAAUUUUUUUUUACUCUUAUUUUUUGACCCAGUAGCAUGGAGUGAUGAAUUCUGAUGUGCAUUAUGUAUAUGUUUAAUUUAACGUAAAGCCUAAUUUGUCUAUACAGUAAGCUAAUGGAUAACACUUUGAACAUGAGAAUUUAGAGAAACUUUGUUAGAUCUGGGACGGUAUUUGCUAUGAGGUUAUUUACUGGAAUGUACAUUUGGAUAUGUGGGGGUUGCUUAGUAAAAGUUGUAUAAAUGCAAUUUUUUUCUGUGUUUUAAAUAAUCUUGAAAAACUGAAUUUUUACUGAACCAAUGUUUAUAGAUUUUUAUUUAUGGUGUCUAGGUACAGAAGUAUACAUAAGUGCAACCAUGCACAGUUUUGUCUGCUUACGUUUAGUAAAUACUAUUUUUAAAUGUCUAAGGAAAUAAAUGCAUUGUGAAAUGAA